GGGCAGAGGUGUGGCGGUUGGGGUUUUGGGGGGGAGUCGGCGGCGCAAGAUGGAUGAGAGCAAUACGGAGCUCGAGGAAGGAGAAGCUUGCUCUUAUGGCACUGCAGGCGCCGGUGAGGACGGCAGCAUUGACCCUGAUACUGACCUCUCUUACAUUGAUGAGAAAAUUCAAAACGUUCUGGGUCAUUUCCAGAAGGAUUUUGAAGGUGGUGUUACUGCAGAGAAUUUGGGGGCAAAGUUUGGUGGGUAUGGCUCAUUUCUGCCUGCCUACGAGCGUUCACAUUCUGUCCGGUCUCAUCCAAGGACUCCACCGAGAAACAAGAUCACGACUAAAUCACCAAAUCAUGUUUCCACAGAGGGUGUGCAUUCUAAAGCCCAUGUGGCUGUGUCCCCUUUAGGGAAACCUGGAACUGCAUCUGGUGCACCAACUUUGCAUAAUUCAAAGGUUCCGCCAAAUGACCCUUUGAAGCAAGAUUUGGCCAUUUGCUCUGGGCUGGUUCCUAACUGUAUAAUGAAAGAAGAAAUUUCAAACAAGCUGGGCAAUCAAUCUGAUCAACGGACUCUAAAGGUUCGAAUUAGAGUGGGUUGUGAUGGGAAUGCCCAGAAAAAUGCUGCAAUUUACAGCGGUCUUGGGCUUGACAAUUCUCCAUCUACAUCAUCGGAAAGCAGCUCUGGAGAAAGUGAGGACCUGUCAGCAUCAUCUGGAGAGAUUAGUGAGGUGUCUCCUGCUAGCAUUCUUCAGGUCAUGACGUCCUUUCCAGUUGCUAAUGUUGUCUUGAUAUCACCUCUUCAUGAGAAUUUGCUUUCCUUGACAAGAAAGGAAAAAUUCUCCGAGGAUAGUAAACCUGUUCAAGCUCUUACGGGCAGCAGAAAAGAUGUUGCUAUAUUAGAGGAUCAUUCAGUCAUUCUUCCGGCUGAAAAAGAGUUGUCUAAGGGGAUUAAGAUGAUAUUAGACAAUAGGAACGAAAGUUCAAUGCACCAGAGUUAUGAAGUGGGAACCGAUUUUGAUGCCAAUAAGACAUCAUUGUUGAAGAAAAAACUGAAGAAUGGGAUGGAAGAUGGCAAGAAGACAUUCAGUGGCAAUGUCAAAAAGAUGCCUUUGGCUGAUUCUAGCAAUGCUGGUGAUGUUGAGAGGCCGGCUUCCAAGCCAUCUGAAAAUCUUCAAUUGAACAGAAAGGAUAAGGUGAAAGACAGAUCACUAACAGUUUUGGCAAAGGAUUCAUCAUUGAAGCCAAUUACUAGCCAGGAGGCUGAUGUACAGGUGCAGAAUGGAAGGAACAGUAUGACUGAGAAGUCACUAGAAUGUGGGCCUGUAAACUCCCUAAGUGAGGUUUCGGGUCAAUCCAAGGUCAAUGGUGAGUGGAAAGGUGAAAAAAUUAUUCUUUCAAAAGGUCGUCCUCAUUUAAGUGAACAUAGGGAUGCUUUUGAGGCAGGGGUUGUGGAGCGUGCAAGAUGGGAUGCUGUGCAGGAUGCUGCAUUUGAUAAGCAGACUGACACUGACGUUUCUCAUCAUAAGGAAAAGCCAGUAAUGGAAGUGAAGAAAAAGUCAAAGGUUCUUGAGAGCAAUGGCAGGGCAACUGAUCUUCCAUCAAUACAAAAAUCAAAGGUUGCUCUUGGUUCUGGAGUAAAAGAUAAAAAGGGAACUAGUAAUGCUUGCCGUCCUGUUAAAAAUAAAAAGGUUAAGUUAAGGCCAGAAAAGCAUAUUGUUAAGUCUUCUGGUACUCCAAAAGAUCCACUAGGGAGCAUAAAUAUUGGACAGGCAGAGAAACAGAUGGAAUCUAUAGCUGUGCCUUCCACUGAAAGGCAGAAGGCAACCAACUCUAGCAAUCUUCCUGUGGCACAUGAUACUCUCUUAAAUAAAUCCAAGGAAAGAUUUAGUGGUGGAAAUACAUCUGUAUCUGGGGUAUCAGUAAAAGAUGGUCCUGCACGUUUCGGUACAGGAAGUGGACUCAAUGCUGAGACUGCGCCAGCUGUGGUUCAACAAUAUAUGGAAGAUUGGGUUUGUUGUGAUCUUUGUCAGAAAUGGCGUCUUCUACCCUUUGGCAGGAGACCUGAUGACCUACCUGAGAAGUGGGUCUGCAGCAUGCUUGACUGGCUUAUGUCUGAUGUACUUUGCUCAACUUCUAUCAUCUUGCAGGCCUGGAAUGGAAUCACUGUGACAUUAGUGAGGAGGAGACCACGAGGGCCCUUAAUGCUCCAGUUCCCAGUUCUAAGUCAUUUUAAUGUAUCUGCACCAGCAGUCAUUUCUACGAAUGAUCAAUCCCUUAGCAAGAGCAACCAGAAUCUCGGUGGUCAAGCCACAGAUGGUCUUGGAAAGACUAAACAUAGUCUGAAGGAUUCUCUGCAUUCAGGCAGCAGGACUGUUCAGCUUCCCAACCCCAAGAAGAACCAAUUCUUGGAGCCUGGCAGAAGCAGAAGCUUGAGUGACAUGAGUGGACAUCCUUCUGAUUCAACAUUGAAGAGAUGUGAUAUGUCUCAGUCAGGUGUAGCCAAGCGAAUAAAGGUGAAGGGUAAGAGGAUGUCUGAUCAAUAUGAUUCUGGGGACACUAAAAGAAUUAAGCCAGAUAAAUCCAUUUAUGCUGCUGAACAAGAAAAUUCAGCUGCUGAACUUGGGAGAAUGGAUCUUAGCUCAAGGGCUCCGGGAUCGUCUACAGACAUUAGGAAGAAUAAGCAUCUUCGAUCCUUUUCUCCAAAGGAGGCAAAGCAAGAUUCAAGAAAAAGAAUAUUGGUCUCCAUAAAGACUCUUGGAGAUCAACCUCAGGUUUCUGCAGGUAGUGCAUCGGUAGAUUCUAGGGGUGGAGGUAGCAACUCCCAGAGGAAGCGGAAAUUUAAUGAUAGCAUGGAUGAUGAGAAUCGUGAUGGGACGUUUCAUCACUCGGUUCAGAACUUGAAGGUUUUACCUGAUGAGAUCGGUGAUCACGAGCUUAGAAAGGAUAAGAAGCUGCGGAGAUCAGAGACUGCCCUAAAAGAGUCCGGUAGCAGCGAUGGUAACAAUAAGUCCAAAAAAGAAAUCAGGGUCAUGAAAGAUUUGUUUGGAAGUGAUUUUGCUGAUUGUGCAGAGGAAAUCAAUGUAGAUAAGGACCAGAAACGGAGAAAAACCAGAAAGAAGCUUCAAUCUGAACAUGAUUUGACAAGAGGCAAUGGAAGACAUGAAGAGGUUCCACUUGCUGCUGCUUCUAGCUCUUCAAAAGUAUCGGGUUCUCAGAAGAUGAAAGGAAACAAUGAGGAAGUGAAAGGUUCACCAGUAGAAUCUGUUUCCUCGUCCCCUAUGAGGUUGUCCAGCUCAGUGAAGUUUAGAUCUGUAGGAAGUGAUGUUAGAGGUAAAGGUAAUGCUGCAACUGGUCUAGUGAUGGAGGCUGCCAGAAAAAGCGGGGAGGAGAAAGCCAGUGGCGGUAACAAAAUUCCUGUGAAGAUAAAGCAAGAGAAAGUUUCAGGGGGCUUUAAUUCCGAGUCUCUAAGGUCUGACACAGCAGAUUACAGAGACAGAGGUGCUAACUACAAGUUUACUGAUGAUGCUAAGCCAACAUCUGGAUUGGGAAAUGGUCAUCUAGAUAGAAGAGAUGAUUAUUCACAGCAUGGUGAGUUUCACAUGGAAAUGCAUGGUUCAAGUCCUAGCUCUUACGAGAAGAGGGUGCACAAAAAGUACGCUGGCAGCACUUUGUUUCCUCAGAAGCAAGGGAAUACUACUAUCUUGCGAACUAAGGAUAGUGACAUGGAUUCUGCUUCUGACUUUGACAGAGACAAGGUAAAGGCCAUAGAUUUCUCAUCAAAGAAGGAGCCUGUGUAUCAAACUAAGGACCAAAGGCAUGACUUGGUGGUCGUUCCGGACCAUAUUGCAGUCAGCCAUGAAGCAAUGCAUGUUGAUAGAUGUAGUUCUGUUGAGAAGAAUGAGAAGAACCACAUUAGCAGGAGGGGAUCGUUAGGAAACCUAUCAAAUGGCAGUACAAGGGAUGAUCUUAAAAAAAAAAACCAGCAUGACUUGUCAGAUGGGAGAUUAAAUGCUGAAAUAGGGACUAACGUAUUGGCUUCUCCACUGCCAAAGCUGGUCCAGGAUUCUAUGAUAGGAAAUAAAGCUGAUCCCUUGCGGUUAGAGAUGAGAAGUGGGAAGUCAAUGUCAUUUUCAUGUCGUAAUGAUUAUGGCAAACGACAAAUAUCUACUCAUGAUUCCUUACCGGAGGGACUGCAGCAAGGUGUAUGCAUUGAAUCUCCACCUGAUGCUUCUGGCUGUAGUGGUCCAUUGAAGGCAUUGAGCAAAUUUGAUAUUGCUGGUAAAAAGAAAGGAGCUUACAACAGUUCUGGGUGUGCUAUGCCUGAACAGCAUGAACUCAAAGAUGUUGCUUCAAGUCCAUUAAGAGCCAAUUUUUCCAUUCCAACUGCUGCUGAUGUUCUGAAAGAAGCAAAAGAUCUUAGAAAUUAUGGUGAUCGUCUUAAGAACUCUGGAUUUGGCUUUGAAAGUAACGAGGCAUGCUUCCAGGCUGCCCUGAAGUUUCUUCAGGGAGCUUCACUUCUAGAAACUUGCAAUGGUGAUGGCGGCAAACAUGGUGAAAUGACUCCAAUGCAAGUGUACGAUGCUACUGCCAAAAUUUGCGAAUCAUGUGCUCAUGAAUUUGAAAAAAGCCGAGAAAUGGGUGCUGCUGCAUUGGCCUACAAGUGCAUGGAGGUGGCGUAUAUGAGGGUUGUCAAUUGUAAAUAUUCAAGUUCAAGCCGAGAUCGGCAUGAGUUGCAAGCCACACUGCAAAUGGUUCCUCAAGGUGAAUCGCCAUCAUCUUCGGCAUCAGAUGUUGAUAACUUGAACAAUCAAGCAGCACCGGACAAGCCUAACUUAUUGAAGGGUGCUGCAACACAUGCCGCAGGAAAUCACAUUCUUGCUGCUCGGAGCCGUCUCACUAUGGCUCGGUUGCUUGAUUUUACAUUUGAUGUUAAUUGUGCAAUGGAAGCCUCAAGAAAAUCACAAGUUGCUUUGGCAGCAGCUACUGCCAACCUGGAAGAGGCACAAAAUGUUGAGCAAAUAACUUGCAUUAAAAGGGUAAUUGACUUCAGCUUCCAAGAUAUAGAUGAACUAUUGCGACUGGUUCAGCUCGCAAGGGAGGCCAUAAGCCGGUCAGGGAAAGAAAGAUCUGCUGUGCCUUCAUGGAUGAAUUAUGCUGAUGGUUUCCAACUUCAUCAGCAUCUAUGCAGAGGUAAACUAACAGCUAUCUUCUGCAGAGUAGAGAUGUCUCUUUGGUUUUCUUGGGUUUUCUUUGAAGGUGCUGGUCUCAGGUACGAAUGAAUCUUUUUGGUUCUCUGGAACGGAGGCUGGCUCUUUGUUUCUCUGGAACGGAUGCUGGCUCUUUGUUUCUCUGGAACGGAUGCUGGCUCCAGUCCAUUGUUUCAAGAAACAGAGUUCAAAUGUAUUUUUAUACGGUCCUAAGUUAGUUUACUAUAAUGCAAGCAAGCCUUAUGUUAACAUGAGUCGCGUGAAUCAAUGUCUACAAACAUGGAAAUUUACGAGACUCCUAUCUUUGGAAGAUGGAAGAUGGGGCUAGAAGUUGUGAGGGCUUUGGUUGAUAGCAAUGUGAUGUCAGGUCCUCCAAAGUUACACAAUUGUUACUUUUUGAGCUGACAAAACUCACUAGCAAUCUUGGCUGAUUUUUCUUUUCUGUACAUUAUACGCAUUGUUUACAAGACAAUUGUUCAAUACUUUACUUAUUGAGCUGACAAAACUCACUAGCAAUCUCAGCUUAUUUAUCUGACACAUUGUUUGUACAUUAUACAUUUACCAGGCAAUUGUUUAAUGGUGUUACUUUUUGAGUUGACAAAA